UACGAGUUUUAGAGAUGACAGUGAACGCCGCACUAUGGGAGGGUCUUGAGAGUGUCGGUUGAGGCUUGUCGGCUCCAGACUUUGAUUAGCUCAGCGUAACGCAGUCAGACUUUAACACCCAGCUACUCGGUUUACUUGAGAGCACCGUCUUAUCAGAGAUGGCCGCACUCAGAAAGAAGUUGGUGAUCGUUGGGGAUGGUGCAUGCGGCAAGACCUGUCUGCUUAUCGUCUUCAGUAAGGAUCAGUUCCCCGAGGUCUACGUCCCUACUGUCUUUGAGAACUACAUUGCAGACAUCGAGGUUGAUGGCAGACAGGUGGAGUUGGCUUUGUGGGAUACUGCAGGCCAGGAGGACUACGACAGACUGCGGCCUCUCUCCUACCCAGACACAGAUGUUAUCCUCAUGUGCUUCUCCAUAGACAGCCCAGAUAGUUUAGAGAACAUUCCAGAGAAGUGGACACCUGAAGUGAAACAUUUCUGCCCCAAUGUCCCAAUCAUCCUUGUGGGGAACAAGAAGGACCUCAGAAAUGAUGACAACACACGCAGGGAGUUGGCCAAGAUGAAGCAGGAGCCAGUGAGGUUUGAGGAGGGUAGAGACAUGGCCAGCCGGAUCGAUGCUUUCGGCUACCUGGAGUGUUCAGCCAAGACCAAGGAUGGUGUGCGAGAUGUGUUUGAGUUGGCCACAAGAGCAGCACUGCAAACACGCAAGAAAAGGAAGAAGGGGGGCUGCCAGAUACUGUGAGGGGAUGAGACAUCCAGAACAAACUUAGGAAAAACUUUAAAUCAGUGGCUUCCAUGGACAAUACUAACUUCACACAUUUAAGAAAAAUGUUUUUCUGCAACUUUCUGUUUACUAGAUUACCAUGUUCUAUUUUCUGUCACUAGCACACUGGUGUGAUGGGUGAAAGUUGUUCUUUUCCUUGAAUUAAAUGAAUGUAUGUUUGUAUAUAUGUGCAUAUGCUUUCAAAUCUGUCAUGGUUAUGCUGCAGAAAACUGUUUAGCCUGUGUUCCAACUCACUGUUUCAGCCUCCUGAACCUGCACAUACCACCACACCAGGCUCAAUUCUGAGCUUUUGAUUUUUACUGUUGGAAAACAGGCUUUGGACUCAUCUUGCUUUUGUAUCAAUGCAAACCUGAAGUCUUAUUUUUCAUAACUGCUCUAUGAUAAGACUAUUUACCAUCAAAUUUAACACAAAUGACCUUUCAUGUUAUUUGUGAGAUAUACUAUGUAUAGUUUUAUUUCACUUUGUAAAUUAGAGUUAACAGGAAAGUUGUUGGAAAUGGUUGUAAAGAAUUGGAGGGAAGCAAAGUAAUUUCUCACAAAGAGGCAUUUUUACAAACAUAAUUCAUCCCCUUUAGCCUGAAUGAUGGAGCUAGGAGUGUCAGGAAGCACCAGCAACUAAUCUGUGCCACAAUUAUUAAUGCCAUAGUAGUCCUUAGUCACAUGACCACAAAGAGAAUGGUCAGCUUUUACUAGUACGAAUCAGCACACAUAUCGUCACAUUUUCAUAAAUAAAAAAAAAAAUACCAAGUGA